CAAUAAAAACCUUCCACCCGUCAGUCUAGAAGGAUAAGCGAAAGAAAGUUAAGCAACUACAGGAAAUGGCUUUGGGAGUUCCAAUAUCAGUCUAUCUUUUAUUCAACGCAAUGACAGCACUGACUGAAGAGGCAGCCGUGACUGUAACACCUCCAAUCACAGCCCAGCAAGGUAACUGGACAGUUAACAAAACAGAAGCUGACAACAUAGAAGGACCCAUAGCCUUGAAGUUCUCACACCUUUGCCUGGAAGAUCAUAACAGUUACUGCAUCAACGGUGCUUGUGCAUUCCACCAUGAGCUAGAGAAAGCCAUCUGCAGGUGUUUUACUGGUUAUACUGGAGAAAGGUGUGAGCACUUGACUUUAACUUCAUAUGCUGUGGAUUCUUAUGAAAAAUACAUUGCAAUUGGGAUUGGUGUUGGAUUACUAUUAAGUGGUUUUCUUGUUAUUUUUUACUGCUAUAUAAGAAAGAGGUGUCUAAAAUUGAAAUCGCCUUACAAUGUCUGUUCUGGAGAAAGACGACCACUGUGAGGCCUUUGUGAAGAAUUUUCAUCAGGGCAUCUGUAGAGAUCAGUGAGCCCAAAAUUAAAGUUUUCAGAUGAAACAACAAAACUUGUCAAGCUGACUAGACUCGAAAAUAAUGAAAGUUGGGAUCACAAUGAAAUGAGAAGAUAAAAUUCAGCAUUGGCCUUUAGACUUUGCCAUCCUUAAGGAGUGAUGGAAGCCAAGUGAACGAGCUGCAGUGACACAAGUCAAAUUCAUAGUUUCACUCUGGGUUUUUUGUUGUUGUGUGGUUAUUAUUCUCACUACAGAAAGACUGAGUUUCAUGCUCCUGGCUGUGUCAGAUGUGAAUUUUCAUGGGAAUAAUAAUCAACCUUGCAGCAAGCCAAAGCAAUGCCUCGCUUGGGUUCUUCAUGUUCUUACUACCCAGCGUUUUUUACCACCUAGAUGGGCCUCUCUAAGUCUAUUUGCUCAAUGAACCUUAUCCCAAACUUGUUGUUUUCAUGGUGUCUAAAAGAAUGUGAUGUCAGCUUUUAGAAUGAAAUCAGUGUUAAGGUACCUCCAGUGAACCAAACAUGUGUCUUAAAUCUAAGCAACUGAAAACAGAAUGGAAUGUCCAAGGCAAAUACAAAUCAUACACAGCUUGUAACAACAUACAGCCUUUCUAGUGAAAUAAUGGAAUAAACUAAAGAGUUUGUGAAGACUGAAGCUAUCUGGAUAUCAAGUCUGGAGUAGGCAAAGCAUUUCCAUUUCUACAUGGAUUAUAAAACUUUGUGUUGGACUCAUUGGUCCCUAAUGCUUUUGUUCAUCACUUCUUCCAGUUAUCAGUGGAAUUACCUGGUGACCAUUCAUUUGGACCGAAAUCCUAGAAGUCUCCUACUGAAUAAAAGUCUACAAUUGGCCCUAAAAUAGAAACUGAAAAACAGGACAUAGAAUUUUUUCACCAGACCACAGCAUGUGGAAACUUUCUUUAUCAUUUUUGAACACUUGUUAACAGAUUUGCACAUAGAGGGAGAGAAAAAAAAGUGGAGUAACAGUCAAAAUAAUAAUAAUCAGUAUCCAGGCCAGGCGCGGUGGUUCACACCUGUAACCCUAGCACUUUGGGAGGCCGAGGCGGAUGGAGCACCUGAGGUCAGGAGUUUGAGACCAGCCUGGCCAACAUGGUGAAACCCUGUCUCUACUAAAAAUACAAAAAUUAGCUGGGCAUGGUGGUGCAUGCCUGUAAUCCCAGCUACUCCAGAGGCUGACACAGGACAAUCGCUUGAAACCAGGAGGCAGAGGUUGUAGUGAGCCGAGAUGGCAACCCUGCACUCCAACCUGGGUGACAAGAGCGAAACUCCAUCUCAAAAAAAAAAAAAAAAAAUCGGUAUCCUUCCUCUUAGUUAUAUUUCUGCCACUUAAUUCAAACAGUCAUAUGCAGGUCGCUUAAUUUAUUUGUGCUUUUGUUUCAUCUUCUACAAGGCCCUCUUAGCUCUAAAACUUGACAGUGGAAUAAGGAAAUGUUUUUCCAAAUCUGCAUUGCCGGUGAGAUCCUCAACAUCAGCAUGUUGAGAUGGACCUCAACCCCACCUCUAACCCUGAAACACACCACUCGAUAUUAUCUUAGGUAUGUUUUAGAGUUUAGUUUGUAAAAUAAUAAUUUAUUUUUGAAGGAAAUAUAAAAUAUUAGAGAGUAAUAAUAGCUAUCAUUUUUUAAGAUUCAAUCUAAAACAAUGGACUCUUUUUUUUUUCCAUUUGUGACAUAGAUAAGCAAGACAAUUUUGAUCAUGAGUGGUGAAAAGAGGAUCAAACUUGACUAUUCUUGCAAUGGCAGUCCAGCAACAAGCCUUUCAUUUACAUUAAAUUAUAACUUUUCAUUCAUUCCUAAACCAAACUUAAAAUUCUGCUUUCCUUUGAGUAGAAGGUAUUUAACUUGUUUUGUUUUUCCUUCAGAAGGAAUUUAAUGCAAAUGGAUUGCAGUCAGCACUUUCUGAAUGUUUUCACACAGUAUGCAAAGCUUACAUCAUACCAAGGAGUGGAGAGUUGAAGUUUCCUCCCAGUGACUCCAGUGACAGACCACACCUAGAAAGCGUUUCUCUUCCUGAGUAUUUCAAAAAGAUGUAAAAGAGCUGGGGAGAGUAUGGGAAGAAACAAUACAGGAUUGCCUUUAAUUAAUUAAGAAUUGCCUCCUGAUAAAAGGAAAAAGAAAUUAAUGCUGGAGUAUGGAGGGGUGAUAACCUUAAAGAUUAUAAAUAUUUGUUGUCUAUAAAUACUUAUAAAUUAUAAACACAAUAUAAUUAAAGUUAGAACAUCAGGAAAAGAAUUAAAAUCCUCAGGUUGCAAAACCAAAAUGUUAACCAAAACAAAUACUCAUGAGAUUCAACUUUGUUCACCUAUAGAAUAGUACUUAUUAACAACAUAAAAUCUAUCCUGUGAGAUUGUAUGGAAACUCAGAGUGUGGCUUAUGAUAACCAUCUGUUUAUGAUAUUUCAUAUAAAACAAUCUUGUGAUCCUGUAGCUCCUACCAUUAAUUUUGUAGGAAGGAAUCUCUGACAUUCCUAUGGAGCUAGAACCACAUCUGUCAAUGUUUAAGUACCUAAGCAGAACUUAAGAGGAAAAUGCAUAAAUAUAAGAUAUUUGGAAAUUGUUUCAUUUUUUUCUAUAUGUAAGAAGACCCUAAAAAGAGCCUUUCAGUAAAGUUUGUGCUUCAGAACUACA